AUGUUCAGCUGGCUGCGCCGCCAGCGCCCGGGCCCGGUCCCGCUGCCGCCGGUGGCCGAGGCUCUCAAGUCCCUGUACAAGUCCAAGCUGCUGCCCGUGGAGGAAUUCUACGGCUUCGGCUCCUUCCACUCGCCCCCGCUGCAGGACGCCGACUUCGAGGCCAAGCCCAUGGUGCUGGUCAUGGGCCAAUAUUCCAGCGGGAAAACCUCCUUCAUCCAGUACCUGCUGGAGCAGGAGAUCCCCGGCGCGCGCGUCGGCCCCGAGCCCACCACGGAUUCCUUCGUGGCCGUGAUGCACGGGGAGGCCGAGGGGAUCGUCCCCGGGAACGCGCUGGUGGUGGAUCCCAAAAAACCCUUCCGGCACCUGGAUCCCUUCGGGAACGGCUUCCUCAACAGGUUCGUUUGUGCCACGCUGAACAAUCAGGUCCUGGAGAGCAUCAGCCUGAUCGACACCCCCGGAAUCCUGGCAGGGGCCAAGCAGAGGGUCUGCAGGGGCUACGACUUCCCGGCCGUGCUGCGCUGGUUCGCCGAGCGCGUGGACCUGGUGGUGCUGCUGUUCGACGCGCACAAGCUGGAGAUCUCGGACGAGUUCUCGGCGGCGCUGGCGGCUCUGCGGGGCCACGAGGACAAGAUCCGCGUGGUGCUGAACAAGGCGGACGCGGUGGAGACGCAGCAGCUGAUGCGCGUCUACGGCGCGCUCAUGUGGGUGCUGGGCAAGGUGGUGGACACGCCCGAGGUGCUGAGGGUCUUCAUCGGCUCCUUCUGGGCCCGGCCCCUGCUCAGCGCCGACAAGCGGCGCCUCUUCGAGCUGGAGGAGCAGGAUCUGUUCCGAGAGAUCCAGGCCCUGCCCCGGAACGCCGCGCGCCGCAAGCUCAACGACCUGGUGAAAAGAGCCAGGCUGGUCAGGGUUCACGCUCUGAUCCUGUCGCGGCUGCGCCAGGAGCUGCCGGCGCUGCUCGGGCGCCGCGGCCGCCGCAAGCGCCUGAUCCAGCGGCUGCCGGCGCUGCUGGGCCGGAUCCAGAGCGAGCACCAGAUCCCGCCCGGGGACCUCCCGGACUGCGCCCGGCUCCAGGAGCAGCUGCUGGCCCGGGACCUUUCCCGCUUGCCGGGCCCCAAACGUCGGCUCCUGGCGGGGCUGGAGGAGCUCCUGAGCCGCGACAUCCCCGCGCUGAGCCCGCUGCUGGCCGAGGAGGAGCCCUCGGGGCCGGGGGUGCGAGGGGGAGCCUUCGACGGAGCCCUGGGGCCGUUCGGGGCCGGCUCGGAGGAGGACGAGGAUGAGGAUGAUGGCGACGAGUGGGUGGUGCUGAAGGACAAGGCCAAAUACGACGAGAUUUUCUACGGGCUGGCGCCCAACGGGGGCAAGCUGAGCGGGCGGCGGGCGAAGGGCUGGAUGGUGGCCAGCAACUUGCCCAGCUCCGUGCUCGGCCGCAUCUGGCAGCUCAGUGACGUGGACAGGGACGGGAUGCUGGACCACGAGGAGUUCGCGCUGGCCGGGCACCUGAUCGGGGCCAAGCUGGAGGGGAGGGGGCUGCCGGCGGAUCUGCCCCCGCGCCUCGUGCCCCCCUCCAAGAGGAGGCACAAGGGCUCGGCCGAGUGACCCCAAAAAUGUCCCAAAGAGCUCCAAAAUCCGCCCAGGAAAAACCAAAAUUGGGGAUUCAGAGAUGACCUCCAAGAGGAGGCACAAGGGCUCGGCCGAGUGACCCCAAAAAUGUCCCAAAUUGCUCUAAAAUCCACCCAGGAAAAACCAAAAUCGGGGAUUCAGAGAUGACCUCCAAGAGGAGGCACAAAGGCUCGGCCGAGUGACCCCAAAAAUGUCCCAAAGAGCUCCAAAAUCUGCCCAGAAAAAAAACAAAAUUGGGGAUUCAGAGAUGACCUCCAAGAGGAGGCACAAGGGCUCGGCCGAGUGACCCCAAAAAUGUCCCAAAUUGCUCUAAAAUCCACCCAGGAAAAACCAAAAUCGGGGAUUCAGAGAUGACCUCCAAGAGGAGGCACAAAGGCUCGGCCGAGUGACCCCAAAAAUGUCCCAAAGAGCUCCAAAAUCUGCCCAGAAAAAAAACAAAAUUGGGGAUUCAGAGAUGACCUCCAAGAGGAGGCACAAGGGCUCGGCCGAGUGACCCCAAAAAUGUCUCAAAUUGCUCUAAAAUCCACCCAGGAAAAACCAAAAUUGGGGAUUCAGAGAUGACCUAAAAGAAGAGGAAAAGGGACUCAUCUGAGUGGCCCCAAAAUGUCCCAAAUUGCUCCAAAAUCUGCCCAGAAAAAAACAAAAUCGGGGAUUCACAGAUGCCCUAAAAGAGGAGGAAAAGGGACUCGGCUGAGUGACCCCAAAAAUCCCAAAAAUCCCAUUCCAACUCCCUAAAACCCACCUGGAAACCAGCCAGGAAAAAACCCCAAAAUCAGGGAUUCAUAAAUGCCCUCCCAGAGGAAGCACAAGGGGCCACCUGAGGGACCCCAAAAGUCACCAAAAUCUCCCCAGAAUUUCACCCAGCCACUCCCCAAAAUAAAAAAGCCAAAAAAAAAAACAA